AUGACGGAAACCCAACUCCAAGUAGGGCCGGUGCUCAUAAAGCAGCUGGCCGCCUCCGACAACAGGACCCGCAGCAGAUCCCUCCGCGCCCUUCUCUCCACCUGGCUUCCUUCCCAGUCCAGCCUCUCCGACGAGGACAUGAGGAAGCUCUGGAAGGGGCUCUUCUACUGCCUCUGGCACUCCGACAAGCUCCCCGCCCAGGCCCACCUCAUCGACCGCCUCGCCUCCUUGAUCCCGACCCUCGAUUCGACCUUCUCCGCCCACUACUUCUCCGUCUUCCUCCUCACCAUGCGCCGCGAGUGGUCCGGCAUCGAUUUCCUCAGGUUAGACAAGUUCUACCUCUUGAUGCGCAGGGUUUUCCGCUCUGUUUUCCUUAUGCUGAAGAAGAAUUCCUGGGAUUUGGAGCUGUCGAAUCGAUUCAUGGGUAUUUUGGUGGAGAGGACCUUCUUGGCGGAUGAUAAGUUCCCCGGGAAUGGCGUGAACUAUCAUAUCGCGUCUUGUUUUCUCGACGAGCUCAAGCCUUUUCUGCCUCUGGGUAAGCCGGUCGUUGAAGCUCUGUUAGCGCCUUUCAGUUCCGUGAUGGGGAAGGUGGUUGAUAAGGUGCUGGUGGGGAAAAUUAAGGGAAAUGUGUUUGAUGAGUUGUUGAAUAUGGGGAGGGGUUUGCUGGAGUUCAAAAAGUCUCAUCCAAAUGAUGAUUGUGAAAACAAAGAUGUGGUCUUGCUUGGUACAAUUGCCUUAACCAUGGGAUUCUCUGCUAGGUUUUAUGAGUUGGGUUCUUCUGCUGAAUGUCGUCAAGGUAAUAGGAAAGUGCUCCUUGGUUUGCACGAGGAGUUUAUGAAGUUGGAGAAGGCCUUGGCGCUUUCCGGAAUCGAUAUUUCUCUACCUGAAGUUAAUGGUGAUGGUACAGAUAAUAAUGAUGAAGAUGAUGAUGAUGAUGAAGUGCCGACUUUGGUGCCCAUUGACACUCGGAUGAAAGAAGUGGAAGGACAAAAUGGAGGUGUUGGCAAGAAGGAAUCGAAGAAGAGCAAAAAGAGGAGUAAGGAUUCAUCUGACAAUGAUGGGAAAGAUGAGAAAAAGAAGAAGAAGAAAAAGAAGAACAAGAGCAAGAAGCAGGAAGAUGGUGGCGGUGAUGGGGAGAAAGUGCCAAAUGGUGAGAAAUUUUCCAGUGAUGAAAAGAGCACUGACGUGGAAAGUGAUGCGAUUACUUUCGACGAUGCUGUCAUAGCAAACCUGCAAAAGCAGUUUGAGAAAGUCGCAGCUGAAGUAGGUAUGGAUGAUGGUGUUGGAAGCUCCCUCGAGCUUGUGGAAGUGAAAGGAAAUGGCCAUUUAACGAAGAAGAGGAAGAGAACAAAGAGUAAAAAUGGGAAGCAGUCUGAAAAUGUGGAGUCCAAAGAUGAAGGGGAUGCUGCCGCCAAGAGCGAAGAGAAAAGUGUGAAGAAGGUGAGGUUUUCCAUGAAGAACAACUUGGUGUGGAAACCACACAGUCCUCUGCCUCCAGAGAGUUUGAGAAUACCACCCUCGUCCACCCCUAGAGGGAGUGCCCUCAAGAAAGGUAUACCUCCUGGUCCUAUUAGGGAAAUGCCUUCUGCAGCUAACAAGGCGAAAAAGAGAGCGAAAUCCGUCAAGGUUGGUGUGAAAGCAAGAAGAGGCGCCCCUCCUACCGUUAGGCGCCUGAAGAAAAGAAGUUAG